AUGGCGCCUGGGGGUUGGGUGUUUUUUAGAAAACGCCUCCCCCCAGGCGCCAUCCAUGCUGAGGUGACAUUGUGCAAAGAAAACGCCCAGGGGGGAGGCGCCAUGCACACGUGGCACGUUUGUGUUGAAAACGCCCCACCCCCAGGCGCCAUGUGUGCCUAUGUGGCACGCACUGAACGCGCCUCCACCCUGGGCGCCAUCCACUAUCAGUUAUCCCCUCCCCCCGUUUGUGGUCCUAGUUUCUUAUUUGGUGGUCCUGCAAGAAUGUCUCGUAGAGGUAUUGAUUACGUACCUGAUAGUGAUGAAGAAGUAGACAUUGUUCCAUCAAAUGAAUUAUGGACAGAUGAACAAUUUUUGGCGUCAAUGAGAAGUGCAAUGGUAGCAAGACAGGCUGAAGAGGCUCAAGAACAGGAGCCAUUGUCUCCGUUGUCACCCCCUACACCAAAACUUGGGGAUGAUGACGAAGAGACAUCGAGUACACGUGACAUUGGUCGUGUUAUUCCUGGACCAGCUGGUUUGGUCCAAGCUACAAUGAGGAACAGGGAAGCUGAAAAUCCGUUGCCAACACAAGAGUUUUUGGCUGAUCUUAAUGGACCUGCGAUGUUGGUGUUCAACUCUAACCCGUGGCGCUAUGCUAUGCAUUAUGUGAAAUCUAGAGGUCUACCUGAAGUGACUCCAUUGAUUAAUAUCGACCACAAUUUACAAAGAGUCCCAACAGUUGUUGCUUUUGUGGAGUCUAUGACCCCAACUGGACAGGGAAAUUAUACUAUUAAUUUAAAGGACCCAACUGCAGCGAUUGGUGCAAGCUUACAUUACAAAGUUAAGCAACACCGACAAUAUGGGGAAGACAUUGUUGUGGGGUGUGUGUUAAUUCUGAAACAGGUUGUUGUGUUUGCCCCCAGGCGUUUCCGUGAUCCUUACUUCCUCAAUAUAACUAAAAAUAAUAUAAAAUGGGUUAUUCCGAAGGAUAUCUGAUUUGAUGAGAAAAAAGUAUUUGUAAUUUAGUUUUAGGUUUAUUUUUAAUUCGAAUGGUUGUAAUGUAAAUUUUAUUGUGGAUUGUAAUAUUUAAAUUUGGAUAAUAUUGUUAUUAAAUAUUCGUGAAAAAAAAAAGUUAUUAUUUA